GCUUCACCAAUCCUGGCUCUGGCUCCAUCCCCGGCUCGGCGUCUCACAGGCCAGUGCUAAUAAGUCGCCUAGCUGUCCGGUAAUGGGGAAGUGAUAGAGAGAGACACUGCUGUCUGAACGCCGCGAGGAAGUUGAGGAGUGAAGGGACGCGCCGCGCCGGACCGGACACCUCUACGGAGACACAUCCUACAGUGGCUGGUUUUGAGUAGCCUAAAAAAAGGCGCAUAGUGAUGGAGAGAAAGGUUCCUCUUCAUUACACAUGCCUGGCUGCAAGAAACCGGCCCUGAAAUGUACUUCUCCGCUCCUUAAUCCCCCUCAGUGAAGGUGCAGCGUCCUGGCAUGCCAUCUGGAGCGAGGAUGCCCCACCAGGGAGCUCCAAUGGGCCCCCCCGGCCCCCCGUAUGGAGGGAGCCCGGCGGUGCGGCCCGGCCUGCCCUCCCCGGUGAUGGAGCCCAGUCGUAAGAGGCCUGCCCCCUCCCAGCAGGUCCAGCAGCAGCAGCAGCAGCAACAGCAGCAGCAGGCCGUCCAGAACAGGACCAGAAAGAAGCCAGUCGGAUUCCCCGGAGCCAAUGAGAUGCCGGCGAGGCAGAUGGACAUGAGAGAGCCCCAAUCAGAUCCCACGCUCGGAUCAAAUGCUAAGAGAAGGAAAAUGGCAGACAAGAUUCUUCCGCAAAGGAUCCGUGAGCUGGUCCCCGAGUCUCAGGCCUACAUGGAUCUGCUGGCGUUUGAGCGCAAACUGGACCAGACCAUCAUGCGCAAACGUGUGGACAUCCAGGAAGCACUGAAGAGACCCAUGAAGCAGCAAAAGCGUAAACUGAGGCUUUACAUAUCCAACACCUUCAACCCUGCCAGACCCGAUGCUGAUGACUCAGAUGGCAGCAUUGCAUCAUGGGAACUGCGAGUAGAGGGGAAGUUGCUGGAUGACCCGGGGAAGCAGAAGAAGAAGUUCUCUUCGUUUUUUAAGAGCCUGGUGAUCGAGCUGGACAAAGACCUCUACGGUCCUGACAACCACCUGGUUGAGUGGCACCGCACGCCCACCACCCAGGAGACGGACGGCUUCCAGGUGAAGAGGCCGGGAGACGUGAGCGUGCGCUGCACUCUGCUGCUGAUGCUGGAUUACCAGCCUCCCCAGUUUAAGCUGGACCCUCGCCUGGCUCGCCUGCUUGGCAUUCACACUCAGACCCGCUCCUGCAUCAUCCAGGCCCUCUGGCAGUACGUCAAGACCAACAAGCUGCAGGACUCCCAUGACAAGGAGUACAUCAACUGUGACAAGUACUUCCAACAGAUAUUUGACUGCCCUCGGCUGAAGUUCUCUGAGAUUCCUCAGCGCCUCACCAACCUCCUCCUACCCCCCGAUCCCAUCGUCAUCAACCAUGUUAUCAGCGUGGAUCCCAACGACCAGAAGAAGACGGCCUGCUACGACAUUGACGUGGAGGUUGAAGAUCCCCUGAAGAGCCAGAUGAGCAGCUUCCUCCUCUCCACCGCCAACCAGCAGGAAAUCGCCUCGCUCGACAACAAGAUCCAUGAGACCAUCGAGUCCAUCAACCAGCUGAAGAUCCAGAGGGACUUCAUGCUCAGUUUCUCCAGAGAUCCCAAGGGCUACAUCCAGGACUGGCUCAAAUCCCAGAGCCGAGACCUUAAGUUAAUGACAGACGUGGUGGGGAACCCGGAAGAGGAGAGGAGGGCGGCGUUUUACCACGAGCCCUGGUCCCAGGAGGCCGUCAGCCGCUAUUUCUACUGCAAGAUCCAGCAGAGGAGACAGGAGCUGGAACAGGCCUUAGCUGUGCGCAACACCUAAACCAAGGCCCUCCUGAACCUCUUCAUCUGAUUACAGAGCUGUGUGUGCGUAUGUGUGUUUGGAUGUGUGUGUGAGACCAUCUCUGUAGUCUGGUGAAACAGUAUAACUCUAAAAAUGUCUGUAAUUAAAAAAACAAAACAGUGAUGACGAUGCAAUUUCAGAGGUUUUGAAAAUUAGAGAAGGAGGUUUUUUUAUCUCACGACAGCAGUGACGUGCUCGUACGGAAGCCCAGAUCUCGACGCACACUGCGUGUUCGAUUUGGGCAGGGCUGUGAGGACAUCAUCAGUAACCGCAUGUAUUCCCCCCACUCAGAGGUCACGCCCUCAGACCGCAGGCAUCCUCAGCUUCACCGCCUUACAAACAAAACUUCCUCUUCGUCCUCCACUUUCCGCUUUGUAAAUAUGUCACAAAUACGUCAAGACAAACUGAGCCGGCUGCUCACACACACACACACACACACACAGCUGUGUUUUUGGAUUCUCAUCUCGAAGAGUUUGACUCUGUGUCCGACAGAAACGUAACCCAGUGCUGUGGAUGAGUCUUCAUAUUUAAUGUUUUUGGAACUGUUUUUUUUUUUUGUAGGGGGGGUGUGAUUGUGUCUGUUAUUUUAAUUUGUUUUUCUGAAAGAUAAAUUGAUUAAUUACACCAGCCAAGACAAGAUUACACAAGACAAGAUUACAGUGUGACACACUGGGUUGCAGGGAAUCGAUGCCCUGCGCACUGGAUUUCAUUCAUGUUCAGGUUUGAGUGAAUUCAUUGGAAAACCUCCCAUGUGUCUCGUUUUAGCCUCGUUCGCCAGUAAACUGUUUUCCUUUUACUAAUUCCUACAACAGUAUUAGUCAACUGAACUAAAGUAUUAUCACAUUAACAGCUCUGUGUCUAUUUAUAGCAAGAAUAGUGUUUUAACGUAAGAGAAACAAGUAUUGAUCAUCAGAAUAAUUGUUUUUUUUCUUCCCUUAAUCAUAGAAAAAUUACUAAUAGGCCUGUGCAUGUUGGGACUUGUCGACUGAUUUGUUUUGUCAAAGUCGCUCACUGCCUCUUCCUUGUGUAGUAGUUUGCCAGUUAGUGUCCUGAAGGUGUUACCAAAGGUUGCAACAAGAAGAAGAGAACAAGAUCACUGAAAUAGGAAUGGGCAAAACAGAUCCUCACCUGGGUUUAACAGAAAUUGGAAAAAACGUCCUUGUCUUAACAAAUCUGAACAAUUUAUAUAGUUUCAGAGAGAAUUUACUCCCAAAUGUUUGCAUUUUGUAGCUAAUUAGGACUCACAUUUUUGUAAACAAACCCAUAACCUGGUAAAACGUAAGCCCAAGUCUGGAGAAUGUUGUCCAUUUCUACACUUUUAUGUUACAUGAAGAAGAAAAAUUUAGUUUUUUUCUUUUCUAGAGAUGUGAAUGUAAAUAUGUUUUUUUUUUUCCCCAACUGGGGCCAACUGUAUAGUAUACGGCAGACUAUCUGUGUGUGUUUGUUUUGGGGGGUUUUGGGGAGGGCAGCAGGGGGGGGUGAGUUACAUGGUGCAGUAAUGGGAGCUCCAUGAGUUUUGAAUUAGUAGGGCAGGAAUGUUAGUGUUCCUCUGUGUACUAUCUUCGGUUGGGGUGGUUUAUUUUAGGUCCAUCCCGUAACUAUCGUGGGAGCUAGAAGCUGCGACAAACAAAGACUUCCCUUGCUUUCAACCUCAGUAGCUGUAACACAUGGUAAUAAUUUGCACCGAUCUCAUUUUACCAUUUAUUUUUUUAAAUGACACUUGACCUGUAUGUAUAUGUUGUAAUGUCAGAUGGAGGAUUUUUUUCUCUCAGCAGUCAGUUUCUAGCUGGAACCUUUUUUUGUGGGUUUCUUUGCACUGUGCUGUAAUUCCUUUGUCGGGACUCUCUCCGUCAUGGGUGAGACUCUCUUUUUAUUAUCCCAGCAUACACAAUAAGUGAUUGGAUGAUUUAACGAUGACCUAUGCAUGCUCCAUGGACGUUAAUUAAUACAUCUGAGACCGUGUGUAAAUAUAAAAAGCUGGCAUAGCAGUCUGUGUGACAAGCAAAAGACUUGUUGAAAUGCCUUCUGGAAACUUUUUUGCCAAAAAUGAUAAGCCCUACCAGCAACUAAUUGUAGGUGUGAUUUUUCUGAACUGUGUUUUUGUUACUAAGUUAUAUUAACUGCACUCAUUAGAGGAGACACAGUAGUCAUUGGUAGUAUCUUAGUCAUGUGUCUGACCUGGAGUGAUUUGUCUUUUUAUGGCGGGGACAUUCACUUUGUUGUCAUACUGUCACUGAUUCACUAGCACCCUCUUGUGGAGGAAACUAAAAGCUGCAACUCCUGGGUGACUUCAGCUUUGAGCACCACAGUAUCAGAAUAUCUGACAAAACGUUAAGGGACGACUGUGUCUCCUGUUUCUGAACAUACUGUUGACAUGUUUGUCCCACUUCCUGCAUGUGUUUCUAAAGAGUGGGAUCUGCUCUUUCUCUGUUUACACUGUUGUCAGAGCGUCACCAACAGGAAGGUAAUAGUAUACAUAAUGCUGUAUAUCGGUUAAGAGCAAACUAAGUUUGGUGAUUUCAUUCUACAAAAAAAAGAAAAGAAAAAAGGGAAAACAGCUGUGACAUUUGCGAGACAGUCUGGAUGUAAAUAAAGAAGCGCUUGCCAAAGUUUGUAAAUGCCA